AUGCGAGAGGCGCAGGAAUUUACGGAAUGGCUAGCUGCAGCAGCCCAGCCCCACUGGACGCACCGCGGCCAGCUGGAGCAGCCGGUUUUGGUGGUUGGAGUUGUGGCUAAGAGCUCGAAAACCGGAGACCACGGUGGGAAACUGAUUGAUCAGCUCGUUGAGAAUGCGGUGUUUUGUGGAAGCUUCGAUAAACAUGUUGGAGGAAGUGUGAGUCUAUUUUAUGUUUUGUUUUUUUGGAAGUUUAGGGAGGAAUCGAAGAGUUGUUGGAGUUUUGCCAUCUAGUGUAAUGUCGAGAAAUCGAAUUUUUAGUGAUUGUGUGAUUUAAAAAAUAUUAGGUUGAUUCAAAAGUUUUUCCACAUGUCUUAAAAAAAUUUUAAAAAAUUUAGACCAAAGCCAGUGGGCCUGGUGUAUAUCUUUUUAGAAAGAGGGCUGUUUGUAGAUUAUAGUAGAUUAAUAACUUUUUACAGCUUAGCAAUUUGUAGUAGUAGCGACGUGUUAAACCUUAACUACUCGAAGGAAGAAAAAGUAAACCGCCGGCGUUACGUCUACAGUGGCUGUAUCUUCUUAAUAUUCUGGAAUAUGGUAUGCCUGUAUGUAAUCUCUAUGGCAUCGUGGACAAUUUGCUAUAGGGCUAGUCGAAAAAUUUUUAGUGCGAAAAAUCAAAAAUUAGGGUCUGGCAAAAGUAGACCCUGUAGACGCAGCUAUUAGAAGCACUAAGAGAUAACGCUUUCUGUUAUUGUAGUGUAUGAGUAGCACUACAACGCCAACGCUAAACAUUCGCGCUAGCUUUAGCUAUGCGACAGAAAAAUCGAAUCUUUCUAAUCUUAGCUGGACCACCCUGUAUUUUACGAAAUUUAGGGGAUGUUUACAAAAACGUUUUCUGUUCAUUACUCUCGCCCGGUAUCCUAGUUAUUUAAUAAAUAAUUGAUCCUACUUGACAUACACUAUCAGUUGCUAGACGCGCUAAGCUGAAGGUCCGCUUGCCAUACCAGUAAAAAAAUUACAAAAAUUCGCCUAAAAGUGCAGUUCAUGCUACUUUUCUACCUUAUAAGGCAAUUUCAGUUGGUGACUUUUUGAAUGUAUCAUCAGCAUACUGUCUUUGUACAACCUGAAUGGCAGCCGAGUCAAAAAAAUCUAACUCCUUUCAAAAAAUUUUUAAAAAUCUGCUUUAGAUCGGUAGCUCGGCUCUCCGGCCAACUUUAUGGGAUGCUACAAAAAAAGUCAGUGUAGAUAUAAGUAGAGCAAUAAAUUCAGAAGAAACUACAGCCAUCCCAAGUACGAAUAACCCAAAACCCGAGACUUUUUAGUGGGCUGGAAAAUUGCUAGGGCCCGGGAUAUUCACCAUGACACAAACGGAGAAAUUUUUAGUAUGUUUGAAGUAUUCUGAAAGGAAGCUUGUAGAAAAUAAAAUGCUACGAAUCAAAAAUUUUGCAAUGUUCUGCCCCAUACAUCUAUGCUUUUAGUUUUAACAUACAUUCAAUCAGGCUCCAGAAAUUUUAUUUUGAAGUGUCUCAAAAAAAUGUGGAAAAACUUUUGAAUCAACCUAAUAUUUUCGGAUUAUAUCUGUUGCCUUAUCAUAACAUUUUCUUUAACGGGAGGUUUAGUUUUCGAGGAUUUUGACAGUCGACAUCAGAUCAAGUGCAAUAUAAAAAAAGAAGUGUUUUCUCGAAAAAUUUUAAUAUUUUUAUACUGAUUAUUGUAAAAUAGGUUUGUAGACCUUUUCUUUUUUUUAGAUCGAAGUCUUUUACUCGCCGUAUCAUCAAAUAAUUUUCUUGUACGUGAACAGCUAUCAUGACGGACACUUGCAGCCGUCUUUGUUCACUGAAGACAAAGUAAGCCCAUUUCAAUUUUUCUAUCUUCUUUUUAGAGCUUUUUCGAUGUUCUGAAGGACGUGGAGAGUUUGUUUAUCAAAUACUUAUUCGUUAUCUUUUUGUUAUCGCAUGUUGUUACAUUCAUUCAGCCGGAUACACGGCUCGAUUCAACGUUAAUUAGACAUCUUUUGGCCGUCAAUGAGAUGAGGUGAGAUCUAAUUUAGUUUUAGAGGAAAAAUUGUGUGGAAAAUUUUUGUCUAGUGUAAUAUAAAUUUCUUUACUUUUAGAGCCCAAACCCGUCCAACGUACGCCAGACGUCUUGCCAAUGCCUCUGGACUUCCUGGAGUUUGGUCGGAUGAAGGACGUUUGGCUUUACCUAGGAUCUUAUUCAUCAUGCACGAGAAUCGAGUCAAAAGAGGUUCUGUUCUCAGACCAGGCCAAAAUUUUCAUGAUUAUGACUUGACGGUAGGAUUUUUCAUUCAAUUGGGACCUCUGAUUUUUAGGUCGAGCGCCUCGAGCGGUCCAGAGAAUAUCAACUUGUCCAUCUUUUGAAGUCGCAGUCCUUGACUGCCGAACAUCUGUAAGUCCAUUUUUAUACCUUAUUUUUCUUCCGUUUUUAGUGGUAUUGCCUUGGCCAGUCUGUCUCCUCAUCGCAUCCCAUUUGUCCAUGUUGUGGACCCGGCCAACACCGAGACCAACGUCAUCGAAGAAUGCCUUCUCAAUUUGUGCAAAGGCACCAUAAAAAGCUCGAAUUUUGGUCGCCUAAUCGACGACAACCUGAGGCCUGUGACCAAAGCAGAAGCAAGAGUCAAUGCCAGCGAGUUUUUAUUGGGCCAUGUGAAGGAUAUCCUCAAGAGGGAGUCGAAGCAAUCCUUUUUCUUCUUGAUACCCACACUGGAAAAGUUUAUUCAAGGUUCCAGUGUGUUGAUGGAAGCCUUGGAAGACUUUUCGAUUGUGAAAAAUGAUAAACUGGCAAGAUGGUUGUGUGAGGAGAGUCAUUUUGAGAAUGAGUAAGUUGGUUUUUUGAAAGAUUUUUUUGGCUAUAUUGUAGUAGGUGGUAUUGGAAAAAUCUUGUGGAUGAAGGUGUCAGAUUUUGUUAAAAAGUGGUAGUUGGUUUUGUAAGACAUGGUGGCCUUUAUUUUUUUGGUUUUUUUAAAUUAUAUGUUGAAAAAAUUAUAUUAUAGUAGACAUCAGAUGAUAAAUUUUGAUUUUUGGUCUUAUUUUAGCCUUAAACUGGGUCUGAAUGAAGUAAAUUGCAUCGUAGUGCUAUAAAAUUAUUUCUAGUUUGACUUCGCAGUAUUUCCGAGCUGCUACGGACCUCUAUCGAACCCUUUUAAAUAAUGGUAAACCAAUAUCGAAGAUCACUCAGAACGUGGAGAUCAGUGGCGCCAGACAUUUGAAAGCGGUAAGAGUGAAGAGUAAUUGAAUUUCCAGCAAGCUUGUUGAUAUAUCUCAACGUUUUUUAUACAAUUACGAUGUUAUAUCUGAUGUUGUAGAUCAAGUAUAUCGGAGCUUUCCUUCGUCUCACAAUGAACAGCACUCAAUUGGACGCCCUGUGGCCUGUGAUCCUAAAGAAAUGUCAAGUAGUUUUCAAAGGAUCAACCAACGUUUGUGAUGCGUUGUCGGUCACAAAUACCCGAUGUAGAUUGUUGGCCCAUAAGGAAAGAAGCCCCUAUAUGUCCGGCAAAUCCAUGGAUGAAUGUCUAAAGUAAGGGUUGCUGGAGAAAAUGGGACAUUUUGAAGCUGUCAAAGGCAUUUUGGGCAGCGAAUAUUGGGAAAAGGCAAUUGAAAAGGGCUGAAAAGAUUAUAAAAGUGAAAAAAUUUAGGGUAACAAAAAAUUUUUUUUUUGUUGUGUUUUCGACCUCCAGACGCCUCAAUACUCAGUUUCAAUUUUUUUAUGAGUUACUGUAAUUUUUCCUCACUCCAAUUUUUAAAAAUUUAAAUUGGAGGUACCGCGAUUGCGGAGUUGGACGAUUGGGGAAACCGAAAAGUAUUAUUUUUCUUCGAUGCAAGUGUGAAAUUAGGAUAAUCGAGGGUGCUGAUUUCGAAAACGAAAUUCAUUUUUUGAUCCUUACUUUUUCCUUAAGUAGUACUGUAAAGUAGUAAUUUUUUGAAUUUUAUUUAUGAAUACUCGAUUUGGGCGGUUUUGACGGUGCUGAUUUCGAAAAUUUCAUUCAUUUUUUCUGAUUUGAAAUUUUGAAAUCAGCACCGUCGAAAACCCCCCAAAUCGAGUAUUUGUGAAAAAAAUUCGAAAAAUUACAACUUUACAGUACUACUUAAGGAAAAAAGUAACGAUCAAAAAAAAAAAAUGAAUGUCAUUUUCGAAAUCAACACCCUCGAUUAUCCUAAUUUUGGCACUUACAUCGGAGAAAAAUAAUACUUUUCUGUUUUCCUAAUUGUCUUUUCCCCAAUUGGCCACUUCCCAGUCGUCUUUUUCGCCAAUUGACGACGUUCCAAGCAUUUUUGAGAAAUUUAGUUUUUAUCAUUUUAGAGGCCGUUGUUUCAACCACUUUUCCGGCUAUUCUCACCUCUCAACCUGCAGUUGCGGCCAAUCGCAGAAGCUCCGAAAUGACCCGUUCGAUGCCAAAGAGGCGAACUACGACUUUUACACUCAAUUUGGCUGCUGCAAAAAGCUGGAGAACAUGCCUUUCAAGCUGUACAAUCCAGGCAUCAAGUGUAAGUUAAGUUUUGUAAAAUUUUGAUUUUUUAGGGGAUGUAACCACAACGGAAACGAUGGUGGUCAGAAAAGGAGAGCCUCCCAAGCCUCGUGGAGUCAAGUUGUUGUCCAGAAAACGGGAGGAACCCCAGGAAAAUGGCUUCAAAUCCCAGAAAUCCGACUCCUAUGUCAUUAGCCGCCCAAAAUCGCAGUCAAGAAUGGUCAAUGAGCUCACAUGGCAAUACAACAAGAUGUGUCAUGAACACUCGACAAACUAUCUUCAUCAUAUGUGGUUUACGAAGGUCCCAAAUGGCGAUAUAGGAAGUGAAAAUCCGAAAAUCGAGGAAAAAGUGAAAAAUGGCGCUCAAAAAGUGGAGAAAAAGAAGGGUGAUGCGAAAGAGGGAAAGGAAUUGCUCCCAUUGUACCCGUCGUGGUCUGUGGUUUGUCUGGGACCGGCCAAAAUUUACAUACACGCCAAUGGGAUCAAGGACCAGCCCAAUUUCAUAAAAGGCUCCGACUUUUUGCUCCCAUGGGAUUUAAACCUCACCGUGAAGUCGGAACGAUGGCUGCAGGGCAUGAAGGAGAUCCUCAAAGUGGACCGACUCCCAUGGCGAGAGAAGAGGCUCGACGAGGACCCGGCAAAGGGAACGCAUCGCGAGAAAGUUAAGGUAAGAAGUUGGGCAAGUAUAAGGUCAGAAGUGAGGGAUGGUGAGGGGUGUAUUGAAAAUUGUGGUCGGAAUGGAUAGAUGGAACUUUAAUAGAGAGAUAUUAGCAAUAUCAUGGAAACGAAGGUCGAUUCCUAGUGCAAUAUCGAAAAUGUCAAGCUUUUUGAUUUUUUUUGGUUUGUUUAUUUUUCCACAUGGUAUAAAUUGCAAAUAAACUCAUUCCGUAUGCCUUAUACUUUCUUAUUCCAGCUUUUUAUCGGAUUCGAAUACGAAUGCCCUCAGGGCCAUCGGUUUUUCUGCGACAAACCCCAGCACAUCUUGGCCCAUGAUCGAAACGACGGAUUGUUGAAGGUGAGCGUCGGUUUUUUUUGAGUUUAUCUUGCUUUUAGACGGACGCGGAAGAGCUGGUCAAGUCGAAUCUACCGUUGUAUGCGAGAUGCAAGUGCUCCAAGACGGUGGUUGUGAACGCCCAAUUAAUGAGAAUUCAUUUGGUCACUCCGAAAGCCCCGGUUGGUGUUAGAUUGGUUCCAAUGGUUAUGGUGAGUGGAAUUUUUGGAUAUUUGAAAGGGAUUUGGAGAGUUUUGAAAAGUGAUUUUGGGAUUUUUUACAAGGAAAGUACUUUUAUGGGGUACUUUUAUUAUAGUUACAGGUCGAGAGAUGUAUCAAAAAAAUCGCUAAACUUUUCAGAUUCAGAAUGUGUGAAAAUUUACUGCACAAUUUUGGUUUGUAAAGGUGAAAAAAUCCUCAGAAGUUUUCUUGCAACACCACGAAAAUACUUUUUGGCCAAGUUUUUACCAAUUCAAAAGCUUUGUUUUGCGCUAAAAUAAGCCCUGCAACCUUGACAAGCCUUAAAAUAUCAAAUUUGAUUAAUACUACGCAGAUGCCUCUUUUUUACAUUGGAACUGCGAAGUAGGGUGUAGUAUUAAUCAAAUUUGAUAUUUUAAGGCUUGUCAAGAUGCCAGGGUUUACAUUAGCUCCAAAGAAAGCUUUUGAAUUGUUAAAAACUUGGCCAAAAAGGCAUUUUCGUCGUGUUGUGAGAAAAGUUCGGAGGGAUUUUUCGCCCUUACAAACCAAAAUUGGGCAGCUAAUUUUUACAUAUUCUGAAUCAGAAAGGUUUUGCGAUUUUUUGAUAUACGUCUUGACCUGUAACUCCAUUCCCUAUAGAAGUACUUUCCUUGUGAAAAUUUUGACAUGUUUGUUCAAUUCCUCGAAUUCUUUUUUUAUUUUCAGCUGGAGAAUAGCGGGUACUUUCACAUGGGACAGAUUGCGGAGCUCUCCCACUCUCGCUACUACGUCCUCCGGCUCCCAUUUGUGUAUCAGAACAGCGAGAAGCUGCAUAAAAAGCCAAUUUCGACUCCGACGACUUGCGGCACCCUUUUGCCGAACGCAAUCCAAGUUUAUCCGAAGUGA